CUUGGAUUUCAAGAGGACCUGGUGCUAUUGGCUUUGUGUGGUGUGCUGUGAGCCCUGCUGCAGGGAGUUGAGCAGAGAGCAUGGCUGACCUAGGAAACCAUGACAAGAAUGCAGUGACCUAUAAUGAUGUGCAUGUCAACAUCACUCAGGAAGAGUGGGCAUUGAUGGAUCCUUCACAGAAGAAUCUCUACAAAGAUGUGAUGCUGGAGACCUAUAUGAACCUCAUUGCUAUAGGCUACAAUUGGGAAGAUCUUAAAGUUGAAGAACAUUGUCAAAGUUCUCAAAAACAUGCAAGGCAUAAAAGAAAUCAUACUACAGAGAAAGCACGUGAAUAUACUGAGUGUGGUAAAGUCUUUGUAUGUCACAGUCAUCCUCAAAGGCAUGAACAAACACAUACUGGAGAGAAAUCCUAUGAAUAUAAUCAUUGUGGUAAAACCUUU